GUUUAAAGUCUCUGUGAGUCUCUCAGUGAGUCAGUCUGAGCGAGUGUGUGUGAGUGUGAGGGUGUGAGUGUGUGAGGGCUCCUGCGCUGGAAGUGAACACACACUGAAGGUUCUCUUCCUGUCCUGUUGUUCUCUCUCUGUCUGUGUGGUCAGUCGUGUGUGGAGAUGGGGGACUUUAGUUCUCUGGGUAAACUGCUGGAGAAGGCUCAGGAGCACUCCACGGUUGUUGGGAAAGUCUGGCUGACCGUUCUCUUCAUCUUCCGUAUUCUGGUUCUAGGGGCAGCAGCUGAGAAGGUUUGGGGCGAUGAACAGUCGGGCUUUACCUGCGAUACUAAACAGCCCGGUUGUCAGAACGUCUGUUAUGACAAAACCUUCCCCAUCUCCCACAUUCGCUUCUGGGUGAUGCAGAUCAUCUUUGUCUCCGUGCCGACGCUCAUCUACCUGGGCCACAUCCUGCACCUGGUGAGGAUGGAGGAGAAGCAGAAGCAGAAGAGGGAGCAGGGAAAUUCUGAACUUUCAGAGAAACAGGCGUUAAUUCAGGCCGGAAAAGUCAAGAAGCCUCCGGUACUGGAUGAACGGGGGAGGAUCCAUCUGCAGGGGGCACUGCUGCGCACCUACGUGCUGAACGUCAUCUUUAAGACGCUGAUGGAGGUGGGCUUCCUGGUGGCGCAGUACUUCCUGUACGGAUUCCAGCUGAAGCCCAUGUACACAUGCAGCAGCUGGCCGUGUCCGAACACCGUCAACUGCUACAUCUCUCGCCCGACCGAGAAAACCAUCUUUAUUCUGUUCAUGCUGGCCGUGGCCUGCGUGUCGCUGCUGCUGAACCUGGUGGAGAUGUACCACCUGGGCUUCACCAAGUGCAGGCAGGGGCUCCGCUACCGCCGCUCCCAUGCCCGCAAACACGCCGGACACCCCGGUGACGACACCGUGGUGCCGUUCGUGGCCAGUUUCCCCUACUACCCCGCCCACCCGCCCGAGCACCAGUACAAGAUCCCGGACAUCGACGCCACAUUCCCCGCCUACAAGCAGAACCGCCAGAACCUCGCUGUGGAGCGCAGCGGAGGCAGGCCUGCUACCACAGAUACCAUGGAAACCAAGCCGGACACGAUGGCCAUGGAGACCAAACCUGAUGCCGUCGCCACAGAACCCACAAGAGUGAAGAAGACCUCAAGUUCUGCCCCCGGAUCCCCAUACAACCAGCGCCGGCCCAGCUAUGCCAGUCGCUAUAGCAACAACAAGACCAGGCUGGAUGACCUGAAGAUAUGAGCAGAGGCCAGAGUAAACGAUUACUGAUCCACUGGAAACACUUGAUUAAAUGAAUGUUCACACAGAGGUGUAAAGUGCGACUGUGAAUGCUCAGACGCGAGGAAUGGAGUGAUCUGUUAGUGAUAAGAACAUUAAAGAGAUCUUAAUGUUUUUAAAUGAUUAAUUUAGUUUCAGUCUAUGAUUUGGUAACGAGAGCACCUUCAAAGUGACCUCAUCACAAUAUCACAACCUAAACAGAACGAGGGAAUCAGGCUGAAUGAGCCGACUUUUCUCGCAGUCCCUAACUGCAAAAUCUGCUUUACCUGCAGCUGGAAUUCACUACAGACACUGCAAACACUCUGCAGACACUCUGCAGACACUCUGCAGACACUCUGCAGCUCCUCUCGCUGGCGUCACUUUCUGCUCUGUUUUACUGUGUUUUAUUUCACUGUUCUAUUGCAGCCGUUUUAUUUGAUGUUUGUUCUUUUACUGUUCUUUUUUAUUUUAUUGAGUAAUUUUAUUUCAAACAUUUUUACUUUUUUCUUAUAGCUCAUCAUCUUUGUUGGUUCUUUUACUUUUAAUUUGCUUUCAUUACAUACUUUAUUGCUGUUUCAUGCUUGUUUCUUAUUUGAGCUUUUUUAUUUCUUGAUAAAUCUUAUAUAUAAAUCUCACUAAGUUUGAUUUGUUUUAGUUGAUAAAUUUAAUUUUACCAUUUUUUAAAAUCUCUGUUUAACUUGCUCAGUUACUUUGUAAAUGAGGGUCACCCUCGAUGUACUUCCGAGUUUGAUUGAUUGAUUGAUUGAUUGAUAACACACUGAGUGUAUUGCUAAUGAACUGAUUGUACUUGUAACGGACCGACUGUGCUAACGGACCGUCAAUAUUGCUAGUGGAACUGCUGUGUAUUACUAAUGGACUGACUGUGCUGCUAACAGACCAAUUGUGCUGCUGAUGGACCCCGACUGUGCUGCUAAUGUCCCGACUGUGCUGCUGACGGACCGACUGUGCUGCUGACGGACCGACUGUGCUGCUGACAGACCGACUGUGCUGCUAAUGCACCGACUGUGCUGCUGAUGGACCGACUGUGCUGCUAAUGCACCGACUGUGCUGCUGACGGACCGACUGUGCUGCU